AAUGCUGAUUGCAGAGCACACAAUGCACAUUCAUGCCUUCACAGCAGCACAAGUCUUCAUUAAUUUCAUUUUGCCUGGUGGGUCUGUAGCCACAGGAGUUGACACCAGUGGUAGAUGCAAAAAGAAACUAUAUUUCUUAUUAUUUAUUUUGCUUUCAGCAUUGAUGCCAUUUCCUAGGGUAACUAAUCCACGGGCCACAAUGCAGUCAGUUAGCAAUAAAGCAUAGUCAAAUUCCAGAGGCUACAGGGCCUUAGGUUUUGCUUUAUAUUUGGAAGCAGGGAUGCCAGGACUGCAGGUUUCAGGGCUUAAGCAUGUAAUGUGCAUUAAGGAUUGUAAGAUAAGGCACCUGUGCUAGUUACAAAACAGGUGUAACCUUUACUCUGAAGUAGUUACCCAUUGUGACCAAUCAGAACUUUACUUUCAUGAGUCAGUCUUACUAGACUGUAUCAAACAGAGCUAAGGGCUGAUUGGUUGCUGCAAGUUAGAACUACAGUAAAAUUACUUUGGUUUUGUGAAUUUACACUCAUACUGGGGCUCUUGUUGUUUAGGGGUUGAUAUCCAUUGGAUCUGAUAAUGAUACAGAACAGAAUAUAACAUUUAGAUGAGUCAAGGCUAAUUGUAUAGAUAUGAGGUAACAGCCCUCUAGCUCUAAUGCUGCCUGCCCCCUACUCACUACACUUUGGAGAGCCUCUAUUCAUCUAAGCAGAAUGGCUGUAAUGAGGAACGCUGGAUACUGCUGGAGCGCCAUCUUGCUGGGAGUUCUGGGAGUUGUUUCUCUUGCCCAGGAUUUACCUACAAUAGAUGACUCUUUUUAUGACGACCCAGACCUGAUUUGUGGAGAUGAGGGCAUGGAGUACAGUGCUUCACCCAUGCUGAAUGGCAGUGCUUCCUUAAGAAUCUUAGUGCAAGAGCAUGAUGAGAAACUGAAAAUCCUGGCAAAUGAUUCCAGCUGUGGGAUCUGGGUUACCUCCAAUUCUAAUGGCUCCUUGCUCAUUAAUGUGCAUUAUGAUGGCUGUUACAUUACGAAGAAGGGUAAUUACUAUGCAAUGACAUUAUUUAUAGAACACAAUACUACAGGAGAGUGGGAGGUGUAUCAGAAGGAAGAUCUUAGAUGUCCAUUUUCUCAAGCAAUGGAUGCUCCGGCUCUAAAUAAGUGCUCUGAUGUGCAGAAGUCGGAUAGAUUUCCUUGUGCCAUUCCAACCUCUUCAUCGGAUCUCUGUCAUCAGAGGGGCUGCUGUUAUGACCAAAAUGACUCAAGAACUCCAUGUUAUUAUGAUAACAAAGUUACUGCUCAGUGCACACAAGAUGGACAGUUUUCUCUCGCUAUAAGCAAAUACCUGACCCAGCCACCACUUAUUCUAAGCUCUGUGCGGUUUCCACGUGGAACCAGUGCCGCCUGCAGCCCAGUGGCCCAAAAUAAUGCGUAUCUUCUAUUCCAGUUUCCUCUGACAGCUUGUGGUACCACCCACUAUGAGGAUGGACCAACCAUAAUCUAUGAAAAUAAUCUGGUGGCUGAAAAAUAUGUUAUUACUUGGAAUGGAGUAUCAAUAUCCCGGGAGAGUACAUUUAGAUUGACCAUUCAAUGCAGAUUAUGUGCUGCCAGCCUUGUGACUGUGAAUGCCAUCAUCUAUACACCCCCUCCACCCCUUCCAGCCUCUAGCUCUGGGCUUCUCACAUUAGAGAUGAGAAUAGCAAAAGAUCAGCAGUAUGUGGAAUACUAUACAAUAAGUGACUACCCUGUCAGAAAAGUUCUUAUGGAUCCUAUUUUUGUAGAAGUUCGGCUCCUUGACAGAAAUGACCCAGCACUGACAUUAAUUCUUGAACACUGCUGGGCAAACCCUUCUGAAAAUCCCACUCAGCAGCCGCAGUGGCCAAUUCUAACUGACAGGUGCCCAUCUUCUGGGGACAACUACAAAACUGAGCUGCUCCCAAUAAGUCUCGGAGAAGACUUCCCUUUAUAUUAUAAACGAUUCAUUGUCAAGACCUUCACGUUCAUUACCCCCCUCACACAGGAAGCUUUAAAUGGAUUUGUAUAUCUACACUGCAGUGCAUCCAUCUGUACACCUUCCUCUUUGGACUCUUGCAUGGAUACCUGCACAACUUCAAGGACCAAAAGAACUGUUGAUAACUUGGGAGAGCUGCUGACUAUAUCUGCCCAGGGACCCGUUGAAUUCCAGCGCUAUGAAAAUAAGUCAAAAGAAAUGUAUAAUCCCAGUUAUGAUACAAGAACAGAGCAUGCCCUUGCUGCAGUUGGUCUAUUAUUUGGAAGUAUCACUGGAUUCAUUAUUUUAGUAUGGACAUUGAGAAGAAAAAUACACUUUAGAACUCAAGCUCUACGUGUAUAAUUAAACCACUCCAACCACAUA